UCCCCCAGAGACUCAAUGACAAAUUUUGGAGUCUAUCAAUUUAGUCGAACACACACAGGAAAUGGAAAGCGAAUCCCUAAGGAAAGUUGCGGACAAUUAAGGGAUUCGAUCAGAACGCUGCGCUGCAGCAGGCCAUGGAGUGGGAAGAGAAUAAAUACACCUAUGUGGAGAAAAAUGAAAAACCAGGAGUGGCGUACAUUAAAAACCCAGCAUUUGUUAAAAGUAAAACGGCAAAACAGACACCUCACCCCAAGCGAACUCAGCCGCCCGACCAGCUGCCAGAGCGUCCUCAAAUUCCCGGCGCGCCGUGCGCACCGCCCAGCUCGCCCCGCCCCCUCCCCCGAUAGGCCCUACGCAGGGCCGCGUGCACGUGCGCAGCGGGUCCCGCCCCCUCCGCUCUCUCGGCCAAUGAGAGAUGGUGUCGUAAUUCUCCACCUCCUGGUUGCAGGUCACGUGACCGCGCCUCCCCGCCCUCUCACCCCGCUGCCUCUAGGUUCUGAGAAGAUGGCGAAGGUUUCAGAGCUUUACGAUGUCACUUGGGAAGAAAUGCGAGAUAAAAUGAGAAAAUGGAGAGAAGAAAACUCACGAAAUAGUGAGCAAAUUGUGGAAGUUGGAGAGGAAUUAAUUAAUGAAUAUGCUUCUAAGCUUGGAGACGAUAUUUGGAUCAUAUAUGAGCAGGUGAUGAUUGCAGCCCUAGACUAUGGUCGAGAUGACUUGGCAUUGUUUUGUCUUCAGGAGUUGAGAAGACAGUUCCCCGGAAGUCACAGGGUCAAGCGACUAACUGGAAUGAGGUUUGAAGCCAUGGAAAGAUAUGAUGAUGCUAUUCAGCUAUAUGAUCGAAUUUUACAAGAAGAUCCAACCAACACUGCUGCAAGAAAGCGUAAGAUUGCCAUUCGAAAAGCCCAGGGGAAAAAUGUGGAGGCCAUUCGGGAGCUGAAUGAGUAUCUGGAACAAUUUGUUGGAGACCAAGAAGCCUGGCAUGAACUCGCAGAACUUUAUAUCAAUGAACAUGACUAUGCUAAAGCAGCCUUUUGUUUAGAGGAGCUUAUGAUGACUAAUCCACACAACCACUUAUACUCUCAGCAGUAUGCUGAAGUUAAAUAUACCCAAGGUGGACUUGAAAACCUCGAACUUUCAAGAAAGUAUUUUGCACAGGCAUUGAAACUGAACAACAGAAAUAUGAGAGCUUUGUUUGGGCUUUACAUGUCGGCAAGUCAUAUUGCUUCUAAUCCAAAAGCAAGUGCAAAAAUGAAAAAGGACAACAUGAAAUAUGCUAGUUGGGCAGCUAGUCAGAUCAACAGAGCUUAUCAGUUUGCAGGUCGCAGUAAGAAGGAAACCAAAUACUCUCUUAAGGCAGUCGAAGACAUGUUGGAAACACUGCAGAUCACCCAGUCUUAAGGUUUCAAAAACUCUUUCACAUUACAUUUCACAACUGCCAAUUGAACUUAUUGGCCUGUGAUUUAUUUACUAAAUGCCCAGUGCUAUUUAUAUACUAGUUUUCUGUUAAGAAGGCAAUUGUAAAGAAUGUGUUUAUAUAAACCCAAAAAUGCCUUUUACUGCUAAGCAGGAAGAUGGGGAAAGUCCAUGGAAGAGAGACUUAAUAAAACUCUUAUUGAUUGUACAUCAUUCUCUUCAUAUCACACAUAUAUUACUGCUUUUAAACCACAAUCUGAUGUAGAAAUAACCUUGUUAAAUAAACCAUGAUGAUUUAAUAAACUUGCAUAUGAAGA